GGUGGAAGGGUUCCCGCUGUCCCUCCCAGGUUUCGUCCCCAGCCCCGCCUUCCCCGUCUCCUUCUUAAGCAGCUCCCGCCACUGCUGGCCACCGUCAGUCUCCUCCCCAGUGCCCUUCGCCCCCUCCAUCUCUGCUCCCUGGCUCGGGCCCCCAGCCCCUCAGCAGCCCCGGCUUCGUGUUCUGCGUGCGCUCCGGUCAGGUCCCAUGGCCUCUCUGUAUCGCCCCUGUCUGCGGCUGGGUUGGCAUGGUUUGAACCCUUGGGGUUAUGCCCCAAAUCGAGGCAACCAUGCAUUUCGGAUAAUCAGUGGAGAUUUGGGUCACCUUCCAGCUAAGGUGAGGGACUUUGUGGAACGAAGUGCCCGCCUGUGCCAACCAGAAGGCAUCCACAUCUGUGAUGGCAGUGAGGCCGAGAAUGAUGCCAUACUAGCCCUGCUGGAACGUGAAGGCCUUGUCCGAAAGCUCUCCAAGUAUGACAACUGCUGGCUGGCUCGAACUGAUCCCAAAGAUGUGGCCCGAGUAGAAAGCAAGACAGUGAUUGUGACAGAGUCUCAGAGGGACACAGUGCCCAUCCCAGCUGAUGGAGCCCGUGGACAACUGGGCAACUGGAUGUCACCAGCCCAGUUUCAGAAAGCUCUGGAUGAGAGGUUUCCUGGAUGCAUGCAGGGCCGCACCAUGUAUGUACUUCCGUUCAGCAUGGGCCCUGUGGGGUCCCCCCUAUCCCGUGUGGGUAUUCAACUCACUGAUUCCCCCUAUGUGGUAGCCAGCAUGCGAAUCAUGACCCGACUUGGGAAGCCUGUGCUUCAGGCCUUAGGGGACAACGACUUCGUCAAAUGUCUGCACUCUGUGGGCCAACCUUUGCCCCUGGAAGGGGAGCUGGUGAACCAGUGGCCGUGCAACCCUGAGAAAACCCUGAUUGGUCAUGUGCCUGACCAGCGAGAGAUCAUCUCCUUUGGCAGCGGCUAUGGUGGCAAUUCCCUGCUGGGCAAGAAGUGCUUCGCGCUUCGAAUCGCUUCCCGACUCGCCAGAGAUGAGGGCUGGCUAGCAGAGCAUAUGCUGAUCCUGGGCAUCACAAACCCUGCUGGGAAGAAACGAUACGUAUCGGCUGCCUUCCCUAGUGCCUGUGGCAAGACUAACCUUGCCAUGAUGCAGCCCACACUGCCUGGCUGGAAAGUGGAAUGUGUAGGUGAUGACAUUGCCUGGAUGAAGUUUGACAGUGAUGGCCGCCUUCGAGCUAUCAACCCUGAAAAUGGCUUUUUUGGUGUGGCACCUGGAACUUCUGCAACAACAAAUCCCAAUGCUAUGGCCACAAUCCAAAGCAAUACACUCUUCACCAAUGUGGCUGAGACUAGUGAUGGUGGCGUAUACUGGGAAGGCAUUGACCAGACCCUCCCACCUGGUGUCACUGUCACUUCCUGGUUGGGCAAGGCCUGGAAACCAGGUGACAAGGAGCCCUGUGCACAUCCCAACUCACGAUUCUGUGCCCCGGCCCGCCAGUGCCCCAUCAUGGACCCUGCGUGGGAGGCCCCUGAGGGUGUGCCCAUUGAUGCCAUCAUCUUUGGAGGACGACGACCCAAAGGAGUACCCCUAGUAUAUGAAGCCUUCAAUUGGCGCCAUGGCGUCUUUGUGGGCAGCGCCAUGCGCUCUGAGUCCACUGCUGCAGCUGAACACAAAGGGAAGACUAUUAUGCACGAUCCAUUUGCCAUGCGGCCCUUUUUUGGCUACAACUUUGGGCGUUAUUUGGAGCACUGGUUGAGCAUGGAGGGGCGACAGGGAGUCCAACUUCCCCGGAUCUUCCACGUCAACUGGUUCCGGCGUGAUGCAGCAGGCCGAUUCCUAUGGCCAGGCUUUGGGGAGAAUUCUCGUGUGCUAGACUGGAUCUGCCGAAGGCUGGAGGGUGAGGACAGUGCCCAAAAGACACCAGUGGGGCUAGUGCCAAAGGAAGGGGCACUGAAUCUGAGUGGCUUGGGGUCUGUGGACUUCUCUGAGCUGUUCUCAUUGCCUAAAGAGUUCUGGGAGCAGGAGGUCCAUGAAGUACAAAGCUACCUGAGGGAGCAGGUUAACCAGGACCUGCCCCGGGAGGUAUUGGCUGAAUUAGAGGCACUAGAGGGGAGAAUACAAAAAAUGUAAUCUGGGACCACAGGGGCACAGAGUAAGAAAGGUUGUACUAGCUACCUCAUUUCAAGAGGGGAGCUACAGAGAGAGAGUUGCAAAAAGUAAGAGCAACUUUGGCUUGACUAACAACUUUUAUAGAGGCCACAAACCGGGAUGUGGUUGUUAGAUACACUGUCUAAGUUGUUGUUUCAACACUAAUUAUCAUUUAUUUUGCAUAAAAUUUGCAUAGUUUUUAACUAUCAAUGCACAUAGAUAUUAUUCACUAUUUUCAACAUUCCUCUACCAGUUCUGUGAUUCUCUUCCCCCAACCCCUCAGUCUAUCCCCAUCGAAGUCUUUGCUGAUCCAGCUUGCAAAAAAUUCCUAGCUGGUAGCAUGAAUCAUGUCUAGCAUUGCACACUGCUACUGGGGAGCCCAAGUGGGAAGGGAGGGGAGGGAGCAAUGUGCAACCUUCAUUCUCCGAACACAGAAAGCGUACAGCAAGAAGGAGCUGGAUUGGAGUUAGUAGGACCCAGGUGUGAAUCUCUCCUCUGCUGUUUGUUAUCUAUGUGACCUUAAACACGGCCCUUGGGCUCUCUGGGCAUCACUUUCUUCAUCAGUAAAAUGAGGGACUUGGGCUUUGUGACCUCCAAGGCCUCUUCUAACUCUAAAUCUGUGAUCCUGAGUUGUAGAACCCAGUCAGUCCCAAAGUUGGGGCUUCAAACUCUGAACUCUUGGGUUCUCUAAGCAAUAUAAAGAAAGUCCUAGGGUUUCGUUCUUUUUUACUGAUCCUCCUCCCCAAUGCCCUACCUUUUUCUCCAAUCUUCCAACCUCAAAUUCUUCUCUAUCUCGACAGAAAAAGUGUUCAGAACCUCACACUCAACAAAGUCCUGGUUCCCCUUGCAAUGAACCAGUCCUUUUCCAUGUCCUAUGGAGAAAUCCUAGAGGCAGUGGAAAGAAUGCUAGAUUUGGAGUCAUAAGACUUAGGUUCAAAUCAUAAUCCCGACACUUAGCACAUAUGUCAUAACCUCUAUGGGCCUCACUUUUCUCGACUAAGAAGCAAGGGGGCUGGACAAGAUAACCAACAAGGUCUCCUCAAGUUCUAAAUUAUGAUUCUAUGACUCCUUGUUCAUAUCUCAAGCCUCUUCUCUGUUGUAUAAACAUCUCUAACAUCUUCAUCCAUUAACUUCCUGGAAAUGAGGUCAGUAAAUUUACAAAUGAUGCUGAGGUGGGUGUAAUCGGUGGUUUGUACCCUGAUAAUAAGAUCAAGAUCCAAUUAAUAAAAUGGAAUUCACAGAGAACCCUUCAGGGGAUGGUACUGGGGGAAUGGAAAGAAUAGUCCUGGAUCAGAUGGAGGGUGACUGGCUGUAUAAAUAAUACAAAGAUCUAUGGGUCAUAACGGAGCACAUACUGAAACCAAGUCAACAAUAUAGUGUAUUGCUGGUGUUUUUAAGUGAACACAAUCCCAUUCCAAUAAUCCAGUGGCUCUCUGAGCUUAUCAAUGCCCAACGUUACAGAUGAAAGCGUGUGCAUUCCUGUCCAUCCUAUGUAAGUGUGUGGCAUCCUAUAAAUCUGACACAGGAGUCCACCUAA